CCUUUGCCCGGGGAUGCUGCGCCGCCGCGGAGCCUUCAGCGUGGAGCCGCUCCGCGGCCGCGAUGGUCCCUGGGAGACGGCGGAGAGCUGCGUGGUCCACACCUCCGCCAGCGUCUACCGCCGGCUGCAGGAGAGCCCGCGGCAGCCCCCGGGGGGGAUGAACGCCUGGGGACCCCCCCCACCGCCACCCAUCUCCCCUGGCAGCCCCCCGGCGAGCGGGAGGCUCCUCAAGUCAGAGUCGGAGGAUUCCGGAGUGGAGAUGGCCAGCAACGACCACUCGCCUCCCACCCCUUUGGGCUCCGAGAGCAGCUUUUCCCUUGACGGCUUCCCACCGAGAAGAACCCCCCCCGGAGAGGAGCCGGGUACCGAACCCCCCCGGCCAUCCCGCAGCCGCUCGGCCAGCAAAAAGCUGGUGCAGGCAGCGCAGCGUAGCAGGAGGCAGCGGGGACCCGGGCGCUGCCCGCGACAGUUCGGCCGACGCAGCGCCAACACGGCCGACCUACAGGCAGAGCCGGCGUGGGACCCCCGGGAGCCGGAGGAGCCCAACGUGGAGGAUCCCGAGGGAUCGGCUGUGCCGGAGAUGGUGCUGCCUGUGCCGGGGCAGGGGUUGCGGUACUUGGAGCACGUGUGCCAGAUGUUGGAGCGCCUGGCCCGGUUGCAGCAGGACAACCGGAUCCUCCGGCAGCAGGCGGCGGAUGCCCGGCGCACCCGCCCUGACACCACGCCCACCCGGGAGCCUCCGGGGCAGGAUCUGGCCGUGUGGAGGGGCGAGCGGUUCCGCCCGCGCUCCUGCUCGGACAGCCAGGCGCCAGCGCCCGACCCCGGGCCGUGCCGGAGGAUGUGGGGGUACUCGGCCAGCUCCCCCAGCCUGCUGGACCCCUCCGAGAGCGGGGUGGGCACCCCGACACCGGACAAGGACGGGCGCUCGCACUGGGGCCGGGUGAAGGUGCUGCUCACCCGCCUGACCCGCCGCUCGCUGCGGGGCGGCCGAUGCAGGUAGAGCCGGGGGGGGUCCCGGUCCCGCCGCCGACCCUGGACGGAGGAGCUGCGCUGCACCUAUUGCAUCACACCCCACCCUAUGACGUCACGCCCACCCGGGGCCGGUCCCCGGCCCGGCGCACAUCCCCCCCCCCCCCUUCCCCCCCCCCCCCCGAAUAAAGCCUUUUCACUACCAAAGAGGCGGCUCUUUGCGAGGUGAUGUGCAGUUGCGCGGUGUGACGUCACUCUCCUCGGCCCGGCGUGACGUCACGCGAGGGCGCGUCACGGCCGCAUCACUUCCGAACGGCUUUUCCGUCCCUUUUGUCCUCCCGGUCCCGGUCCCAUGGCCCAGUUCAAGCGGCUGCCACCCCCCCCCCCCCCAAUACACUCCGCGUUCUCCCCCGAGCCCCCUCCCCAGGUCAGCUCCGGGGGGGGGGGGUCCCCGCUGCCUCGGGGGGGGCUAAAGAGUGUGUGUGUCCCCCCAAAGACCUCCCCGCUGAGCCCCCUGCUCCUCGCCGAGCUGCUGCCGCAGCAGCGUAUCCCGCAGCCCCUCCCGAGACCCCCGGCACCGCUCCCGCCCGUGCCAUCCCUGGGCAGCAGCAGGGCAUCCUCGGAGCCCGGCCCCUGCACCUGCUCCAGCCUCCUGCAUCCCACCGCUUCUUCCCGGGAAACUGAACCUCUUCCCAUCACCCCCAUCCACUCGUUUGAGCCACCUGGGGAGAUGCCUGGGGUGAGGACCAAAGGGCAGGAGCGACUCGGGCAGAUGCCCCUUCUGUGACGCUGGGGAGAUGCUACGGCAGCAUCCAGCUGCCCCGUGGCUUCUAUCACCUCCGCCUGGGCUGGCUGGACGCCUUCCCCCUCACCGGUGGUACCCCAGCCACAUCCUGGUGGCCGAAUCCGAGGAGGAUGCUGAGGUCGCUCCAGAUGAUGCUCAUUCUGCUUUCAGGGCCAAGGUGAGGAGGAGGGAGGUCUGCUCUCGGCGCAGGGGCCUGUGGCUCUCUCGCCCAGGUGAUGGCCCCGGUGCCUCUGGAUCACCUGGAGCAAGGGAAGGCUCCUGAGCACCCAACAAAGAAAAUAGAGUUGUGGAUCCAGGUGUGUGCUGGACUUUGCAGUCCUGGUAAGGGCUAAUUCACCUAGUUUUGCUGCAUUUACUGCUGGACUGGUUGUGGGAUGGCUUCUGCAAAACCUGGCUGUGUCCCCUGAGGGUCUUGUCCCCAAGGGGGACGGGGGCUUUGGGGAGGAAGGGGGACAGUCGGGAUCCUGUGAUGGCAACCGGGCUCACCGCCUGUCUCUGCCUAGUCCCUGUUGGGAAGGAAAGAGGACGAAGCUGUGCUCCUCGGUAGGGAACGGUCCUCAUCACGGGGUGGCCCCAUCCUGAUGCUGACCCCACAGUCCUGGUGUGCACGGCUGUUUGCAUGGCACAGGCUGCGUUGGACCUGAGCGGCUGCACAAAGCGGUUCUUGGACAGGGCUGUGUUUUGGAGAAGGAGAGGUCCCGCUCUGGGUGACAGCUCCCAGCACCUUCUCCUCCCGCUCUCACCUAAACAGGGCAGUUUUUAGCAGGAGAUGGAGGCCAUCGAGCAGCAAAGACCACCGAGCUACUGCUGGAGCCCGAAGCCCCCGGGGAACCAGCCCUCGUGGCCCAUCCCCACCUGGCCAGGCAGGACAGGCAGGCUGCCUGCUCCAACAUCUCCCUCUUCACCCUGCUGCAGCACAGGAGGCAGUGGGAGAAGCUCUCCUCCGAGGUAGUUUCGGCACAGCACGGGUGGGCAGGUCCCCUGUGCCCCUCUCCCUCCCCGAAGCAGCCGUGAUGGUGGCUGAGCUUUUCCAGGAGAUGCUGCAGCGGGAUUUUUGGCUACAAGAACUACAAGGCGCUGCCGGUCUUGCUGGAGAAAGAAGAGCCACCAGAGACCAGGAACCUGGAGCCAAGAAAGGGCUGCCGACACGGCAGAGGAGGAGGCUGAGCAGAUGUAGGUACAUAGCCAGGGGGGAACCCGGUGUCCCUGGUGCAGUCCCACUCAUCCUGGGAAUUCUCAGCGCGGUCUGCACCCCGCUCUGCAGCGCUGGUGUUUUGGGGAGCUUGACCUCUCCCAUCCCUAAUGCACAUCUGUGUUUUAGCAGGCCAAGGCUGUGGACCCAAGCAUUGUCCUGCCCCUGGAUGCUCUCCUAGCCUUUGUGUACUUCAAUUUUGAAUUUCUGUGGCUACCUGUACCAAGGGGAAGAGGAGUUCUUCGGUAGGCGUAGGGAUGAUGGGGGGGUUUCGUGGAGCCUGUGCUGCCGGAGAUCGUGUGGUGGGCGAUGAGUCGUUCUUGUCCCAGGAAAACUCCCUCGGCUGCCUCCUGCCCUGGCCCAGGUCUCCCACAGUGUCACGGUGUUCAGCCUGGGGAAGGUGCUGGAGAAAGCAGAGCAGCCGACUCCAUCUGGAGAGCAAAAUCCAUGCGCUGGAGGUCAAGCUGGACUAAUGACUGCUUAGAGGAACAAGCAUCCACCAGAUCUCCACCAGGACCAAGCGAAGUCGCUGCCCGCCUGGAUGUCACGCAGCGGGGUCACGGAUGGUGGCAGGGUCCCUGUGAGCCUUUUCUGUCCCGGCCCUCUCCCUGCAGAGAUGGGCUUGAGCUGGCUCCCACCCCAGGGAUGCAGAGCCAGGGCAGCCGUAGGGAUGCGCAGGGUUUGCUCUGAUGGGUUGUUUGCAUUUAAUGGAAACCUCUUAAGUAGGAAAUCUUGUGUGUGUCUGAGACGGGGCACGGGCCGUCUCGGUGCUCUGAGCUGGAUGCACAAGUCGGGGACAGACUGGCUUGUUUAGGAUGGAGGGACCCAAACACGGGGGCUGGUGCUCGCUGUGCCGCAGGCUGCCCAGCUCGGAGGAAUCUCUGGAUGCAGCCGUGCCCGUAGCUGUUUCUUCGCUGCAGUUAUCCGCUCCGCACUGUGCCGGCCCCGUAACGGCUGUCCAGCCCCUUGUCCCAUGCAGCAGCGGCGGCGGAGGGCAGCAGCGAAGGCUCCUGCAGCCUCUCCAUAUGGUGAAAGGUUCGAAUUCACUGUAUUCGACUGUAAAAUUGUAUUUCUUGUGCUUUGCUGAA